GUUUCCGGCUAGUAAUAAACAUUUUGUCCUGUGAAAUGGUUAUAUUGCCAUGAAGGAAAACAAGUUAAUAAUGAGUAAUAUAGAAGCUGAAUACCUCGACAUUGCCAAGCGAAAUGCUUGGCCGUUAGUUUACCAGAAAAUCGGUCGGGAGUGCCAGUCGUACCCUUAUACGUGUAUUGAAGCCAAGAAGCCGCAGAACAAGCAGCUGAAUCGUUACCGCGAUGUUAACCCCUAUGAUCGCAGCCGCAUUGUCCUGGAGCGAGGGGACUGUGACUACAUUAACGCGAACCUUGUUAAGAUGGAACGAGCCCAACGACGGUACAUCCUCACGCAAGGUCCACUUUCGUUCACAGUCGGCCACUUCUGGCUGAUGAUAUGGGAGCAAAAGUCACGCGCCAUUUUGAUGCUCAACAAAACUAUAGAAAAAAAUGAAGUAAAGUGUCAUUGGUACUGGCCCCAGGGCACUGGGGAACAGUACAAACUAGAGCUCACUGCCGUCAGACUGAGCAUCGAGCAACUUGAGGAACAAAACUUUAAUUACUACGUUACGCGGCUCUUCAGGGUCGAAGACAUGGACACACACGAAUCUCGUGAGAUUAUUCAGUUUCACUAUACUACGUGGCCGGACUUCGGUGUCCCUUCGUCUCCUACAGCGUUUCUGGACUUUCUUAAGAAAGUACAAGAAUCUGGCACGUUGAAUCCCGAAUUUGGCCCUGCUGUGGUGCAUUGCAGUGCCGGCAUUGGCCGUUCCGGUACCUUCUGCCUGGUGGACUCUUGCCUCGUCAUUAUCGAGAAAGAGGGCCCCAACAGCAUAAACAUUCAGCAAAUACUAUUGGAGAUGCGGAAAGACCGCAUGGGUUUGAUCCAGACUCCGGACCAGCUGAGGUUUUCGUACCAAGCUAUUAUAGAAGGAAUGAAACGUCUCGAUCCUUCAUGGAAAGAGGAGAAAUCGGAGGACAAUGAGAGUUUGUACUGUACCGUGGCCGAGGCCGAGGAGGAAGCGCCUCCGCCACCGCCACCUCGCGCCGAGAGUCUAACACGCCCCCCAGCAAGGCCUUUACCAGCGAUCCCCGCAAGUGCUUCCAUGGGCAACUUGAACUACCCAGAAGCAGAGUCCAGCUCUGACGAAGGACCUCCUACGCCACCGGCACGCGAGUCGUCGUCUUCCGCAUCUUCUGCGGACGACGAGGACGAUGAUCCUAAUGAGGCCCUCCUUUCUGAAGGCAGCGAAACCGCGACGGAGUUGCGUCGCCGGCGCACGCGCGAGUUGGCAGACCGUGUGUCAGCUAUGAAGCGACGAGCACGGGAUGCAGAGCGAUGGCACGCGUUUAAGAGGUCUCUCUACAAACCUCUUCUAACAUUCGGCGUGCUACUUGCCGGCAUAUUAAUCUACACGUACGUCAAGCACUAAUCGAACAGUUUUCAAGUCGAUAAUUGCGACGUCAAAUAAUGUUAAUCUUGUAUACCUAUAGGACACCAGUCCAUUCGUUAAGGCUGAAAAAACUAGGCCAGUGUUGCCAUUGCCGGCGGGUAGCACUCAACCCACAUAUUUAGUUGAUUUCAAUAAUAUUAUUAGAAUCCGAGCCACUAAAACCGAGAAUGAACUCUAAAUACUGAUUUUUAUAAACAAAUUCCACAAUGGAUUACAUAAGUCACAAGAAUGGAAUAUGCGUUUUUAUAUGUUUAUAUUCUGUUUUAGACCUUGUUCUCGGUUUAAUGUUUGUUUAAAAACAAUACAUGUUUAAUUGUGAUGAACAUCACAAUUAAACGUUCAACAUUUCUAUUGAAACUUAAUUUUGGUAACGACUAUGCAAUGUAAAAUCUUUAAAGAUGGCUCGAACAUUUAUUUUUGUAUUACAUCAAUGAAGAACAUUUAUUUUUAAUUGCAAUCAAUUAAUGCAAGUCACGCGUUGGCCACGGCAUCGGCACGGCCUGCGAUUAAUGUACACGUAAUUUUACAAUUAUUUUUUACGAAAAAAAUCAAUUAACAAUGUAAUUUAAAAUAUAUUGCGCAAACGGUAAGAAUGCUAAAUUUAAUGACGACGGUUUUUUAAAGCUUUUGUAAUAACUUAUAUAGCAGACUUUGGACUGAAGUAACAUACUUUGUGGUAAUUCGUCCAUUGUAAGUAUUAGGUAAAUAUUUAACUUAUACUAAUCAUGUUUAAGUACUUUUUACACCCUUCUGGCCUUUAUAAUCAACUACUUCGUUUGAUACAUAGUGUUAACAGAAAAUCUCAGUGAGGGGUAAGGCUUCCUGUCUGCCCUUCCGAGUCCUGUUUUGAUUACUUCUAAAAAAGGCAUUACAAAUCAACAGAACUCUUCAACAACACAAACAACUGCAACUUUUCACUUUUUUCUUCUGUUACUUAUUAAUGACAUAAAUGUAUGAGCUUAUCAAUGUAGAUCAAUCUCAAGCAGCCAAUUUUUAACUAAAUUGACUGUGUGUAACCGGGUUCGGGCUGACCGAGCAGCCAGCCCAUUCGAGGCUGUCUGCUUACCGAGUACCCAUUUGCUUCUCGGGGCUGCUUUGCUAGCCUUGACUCGGGUUUAUCAAAAUGGAACCGACUCUAAUAAGUUAUUUCAAAAACAGAUACAUCAUUACCAGUGAUCGGAAUUGAGGCAGUUAACCCACCUAAAGUAUGAACGUUUUCUUAGUAUGGACAUAAUCCAUAUAGUCAUCAAUGCGUAUAAAAUUUCUUUUUUUACUG